AUGUGGCCCCUUGUGUGGACCCCCACGGUUCCUGUGAUCCUGACCCGUGUCUUGGGGCCCAUACCCCCAGGGCACUGGGCUGGGCCCACCGCAGUCAGACAGCAGCCCACAUCCUGUAGGACGCCCACAGCAUCUCGGGACCUUCACCCACUGGGUCCGAUGCGGGCUCCUGAAGCCACGUGGAGAGGCGUCGGCCACCUGUGGGCGCUCGGGCAAGAACUGUCCUCCCCACUCUCCGUGCUCCUCACUCUCCGCCUCACCUCCGGCCUGGAGCCCGUGUUUUGUGCGGCCGGAGGCAGCCAGGCGUGUCUGACCCUUUGUGACCCUGCCUCAGAAGCUCCCAAACGGAGCCCUUCAUGGGCCUCCAGCAUGGGUGCCGUCAGCCUGUCACCCGAGUUCCACCAGCUACAGGAGCCCUGGUGGCUGUCCGGGUGCCCCCGGUCUUCACCUCCCCGCAGGGUGCCAAGGCCGGCCGCAUACGGGCCGGGAAGAGUCGUGGGGCUCUGGGUGGUGAGAGACGGCCUGCUGGUCUGGGCAGAAGCUAGAAGAAAGGGGGUAACUCGGAGCUCAUCUGCAUCACAGAUCAGGCCUCUCCGAGAAAAUCAAGCAUCCAUAAUUCAUGGCAUGUUUCCUGCCGGGGCCGGAGGCAGCGAGAUCCUAGCAACGGAGUCCUGGCAACGAGGCGCAGCCAAUGGGGCGGGCUCGCCGCCCGCGGGAGGAGGGGACGCGUGCCUGUGGCGGCCUCACGCCUGCACCCGCUUCGGGGGCUCUUGCUCGGGAGGGAGCGGCUGGGCUCGGCUCGGUUCGGCUGGGCUCGGCGCGACUCGGCUCGGCUCGGCUCAGCUCGGCUCCGCUCGGCUACGCUCGGCUCGACUCGGCUCGUCUCGGGCGGGAGGACUAGAGCCGCUUAAAAUCCGACAAGGCCUGCGUUUUCUGAAGCCGCGGUAG